AGCCAAUUAUAUAGAAAUACUGAAUCGUAAAUAGAGUUCAGGUUCGAAUUCCAUAGAUAAUAUAGAUGGGAUUGUCUAUAAUGAUAGACAAAUGAAAGAUUUUCUCAAGAUUCUUAUUCAUCUACUUUUUAUUUUGAAAAUGGGUUGGUUGAACUUGAAAAUUAACUCAUUGAAAUUGAAUAAGUAAACAAUUAAAUUGGAUUCGGUUGGAUGGUACUAACAAAAUCGUGUGCUAACUCUCCUUUCUUUUGAAUUAACCGAUCAACUUGACAUCGGAGAUUUAUUUUGAAUGCGAUCCUGUUCGCAAAAAAUUUCGAGAUUUUUUACUUUAUUGUUAUAUUAUGAAUAUGAGAAUGAAUCCUACUACUUCUGGUUCUGGGGUUACCACGCUUGACAAAAAGACACUGGGGCGUAUCGCCCAAAUCAUUGGUCCGGUACUAGAUGUAGCCUUUCCGCCAGGCAAAAUGCCUAAUAUUUAUAACGCUCUGGUAGUUAAGGGUCGAGAUACUGCUGGUCAACCAAUUAAUGUGACUUGUGAGGUACAGCAAUUAUUAGGAAACAAUCGAGUUAGGGCCGUAGCUAUGAGUGCUACAGAUGGUCUAACGAGAGGGAUGGACGUAAUUGAUACGGGAGCUCCACUAAGUGUUCCGGUCGGUGGAGCGACUCUCGGAAGAAUUUUCAACGUGCUUGGCGAGCCUGUUGAUAAUUUAGGUCCUGUAGAUACUAGUACAACAUUUCCUAUUCAUAGAUCUGCGCCUGCCUUUAUACAGUUAGAUACAAAAUUAUCUAUUUUUGAAACCGGAAUUAAAGUAGUAGAUCUUUUAGCCCCUUAUCGCCGUGGAGGAAAAAUCGGACUAUUCGGGGGAGCUGGCGUGGGUAAAACAGUACUCAUUAUGGAAUUGAUUAACAAUAUUGCCAAAGCUCACGGAGGCGUAUCUGUAUUUGGCGGAGUCGGUGAACGGACUCGUGAAGGAAAUGAUCUUUACAUGGAAAUGAAAGAAUCUGGAGUAAUUAAUGAAAAAAAUAUUCCAGAAUCAAAAGUAGCUCUAGUUUACGGUCAGAUGAAUGAACCGCCGGGAGCUCGUAUGAGAGUUGGUUUGACUGCCCUAACUAUGGCGGAAUAUUUCCGAGAUGUUAAUGAACAAGAUGUACUUUUAUUUAUUGACAAUAUCUUCCGUUUUGUCCAAGCAGGAUCUGAAGUAUCCGCCUUGUUGGGUAGAAUGCCUUCCGCUGUGGGUUAUCAACCUACCCUUAGUACCGAAAUGGGUUCUUUACAAGAAAGAAUUACUUCUACCAAAGAAGGGUCCAUAACUUCUAUUCAAGCUGUUUAUGUACCUGCAGAUGAUUUGACCGACCCUGCUCCUGCUACGACAUUUGCACAUUUAGAUGCUACUACCGUACUAUCAAGGGGAUUAGCCGCCAAAGGUAUCUAUCCAACAGUAGAUCCUUUAGAUUCAACGUCAACUAUGCUACAACCCCGGAUCGUUGGUGAAGAACAUUAUGACACUGCACAAGAGGUUAAGCAAACUUUACAACGUUACAAAGAACUUCAAGAUAUUAUAGCUAUUCUUGGAUUGGACGAAUUAUCUGAAGAGGAUCGUUUAACCGUAGCAAGAGCGCGAAAAAUUGAGCGUUUCUUAUCACAACCUUUUUUUGUAGCAGAAGUAUUUACGGGUUCUCCGGGAAAAUAUGUUGGUUUAGCAGAAACAAUUAGAGGCUUUCAAUUAAUCCUUUCCGGAGAAUUAGAUGGUCUUCCUGAACAGGCUUUUUAUUUGGUAGGUAACAUCGAUGAAGCUACGGCGAAGGCUAUGAACUUAGAAAUGGAGAGCAAUUUGAAGAAAUGACCUUAAAUCUUUGUGUACUGACCCCUAAUCGAAUAGUUUGGGAUUCAGAAGUGAAAGAAAUCAUUUUAUCUACUAAUAGUGGACAAAUUGGCGUAUUACCAAAUCACGCUCCUAUUGCCACAUCAGUAGAUAUAGGUAUUUUGAGAAUAC